AUCGGAAGCAGAGGAGUGAGUGGCGAGCAGCCGGAGCGGCCGGAGAGUGUAGAGCGUGUUUGGGGCUGGAAGGCGCCAACAGGCCAGGGGGAAAGGAGCCCGUUCAGGUGUGCUGCUUACACAAAGUGGAGGCCGGUGCUGCCCGAGGGCCAUUGUGGUCCUCCCAGCCAUGGUCAGCGCGGGCAUUUGCCAUGCCGUCUUCAUUUGCUUGGUGAUCCGGAGCGUAUCAGGGCUUCGCAUAGGUGGGCCGGGCCUGGUGCUCCAGGGGAGUCCCCUGUGGCUCAACUGCAGCGACGACCUCGGCGUUGCCCCCAGCGCUGUGUGGUGGUACAAGGACAAUAUGAAAUUCUACUCGUACGAUCGGCAGGCUGAUCCUCCCAGCCGUAGCUACCGAGUGCCCGGUGUGCACGUGGAUCACGCCCAGUCGAGCGAGGGCUUCGUACGCUUGCUGGACGCGGAUAUCCGAACACGUGGCGUGUACCGCUGCGACCUGGCGCUCGAGCCGGGGGUCGUGCCCCAGCACGCGCAGCUUCAAGUCCGGGUGGUCGCGGCCGACCUGCAGGGUCCGACCCUGACCGGCAUCAAAGCCCGGUACCGGAUCGGCGAGCGCAUCAACGCCACUUGCAGCAGCGGCCUUUCCAGUGCGGGUCCCACUCUCCACUGGCUGAUUAACGACCGAGAGCCGAACGAGCAGGAGACAGAGCAGCGUGUCGAGCUCGUCCGGGUGGGCAACCUCGAGGAGCGACGGCAGCAGCUGGCACUGCGGGCGCGAGACCAGCACUUCGUCAAUGGCGUCAUGCGCAUCAGCUGUAUCAUGGACGUGCCUGAGCUGGGACGCCGCGUCGCCGAGAAGUUGGUCACCAGGGCCACCACGCCGCACCUCAGGCCAGAGAACCAGGAGGAAGGUGUUGUCCUGUCAGUUCCCAACAAAGUCAUCCUUGACAGUGGCUUCUGGCUCAACUGUAGCUCACCUGGGGCACAUUCCAUUCACUGGUUGAAGGAUGGCCAAGAAUUCUACGAGUAUUCCUCUACAGAGAGCAGCAGCCCAAAGAUUGACAACACUGUUCCAGGCAUCCAUGUCAAUGAGGAUGUUUCGUAUAGAGGCCAUGUCUACCUAAGCCGUUCUGAACUUGCCACUGAAGGUACCUACACGUGCAAGGUGAAGCUGCCAAGUUAUCGUACCAAGGUCUCUGAAAAAAAACUCCAAGUAUAUGCUCUUCCAAGUAAGGACCCAGAAAUCGAGAAUCUUCGAACGGCCUACAAGAUUGGAGAUGCUAUCAAUGUUACCUGUUCUAAUGGGCCAUCAAAGCCUGCUCCCAUUCUGACUUGGUAUGUCAAUGGUGGUCGGGUGGAUGAAAAUGUGACAGACCGAGCUGAAAUUCCAACAGGAAAAGGCACCUUUUAUGCAGUGGCCAGACUCGAGUUGCCAGCGGAGCCUACGCUCACAAAUAACAAAUCACUCAUGCUGAAGUGCCAAGCAUACAUUGGUGACGAGUACUCCGGCAGUGCAGAACGGCUCAUUGACAUUCUCCCACCACAAGCAUGGGCAGGCCCUUUUGGUUCCGGAAGCACGCAACUUGGCCCCUUCUGGAUUAUUGCAGCCUUUACCAGUGCUUUCGCAGUUUUCUGCUGUGGUCAUUGAGUGUGGGCUAACCCCAUUUCCACCUUGUAUUAUAAAUGUACAUAACUGUCAGAAGAAAUAUUUGUUUCUUGUUGAAGUAAUAAAGUUAACUUGAAGAGUA